AUGAAAGCCUUCAAGCGUGCUUCUACUACUUAUAAAGCAAAGUAUGAGAUGUUGAUUCAGAACAACAAUACCAAAACUCAAACUACAAAGUUUUAUGAUACGUCCAACGAAUUUGAAAUUGCUAAUCUGGAAGUCCUUGGUGUUCUUCAAUAUGAUGCAAAAGAUAAUGGCGCCGAUUAUCAAAAUUAUAUUGCUGAGUUUGUAAGUAAUGAAGGUUCAGUCCUUAGAAGAAUGGAAUGUAAAAAAGAAGGAAGCCAAAAAUUAUAUGAAUUGGUUGGUGGGCGUAUUCUUGAUUUAAGACGUGGUCAAGAAUUUGAAAGUAUUCAUUAUUUUGCAAAAUGA